AUGUUCCAUGGAUUGCCAAGUGAAGACCCCAUUGACCACCUUGAUGAGUUUGAUAGGCUUUGUGAUUUGACAAAGAUCAAUGGUGUCUCUGAAGAUGCCAUCAAGCUGAGACUCUUUCCUAUGUCUCUAGCUGACAAAGCUCACCAAUGGGAGAAGAGCUUGCCCCAUGGCACAAUCACCACUUGGGAUGAAUGCAAGAAGGCCUUUCUUGCUAAGUUUUUCUCCACCGGUCGCACAGCCAAGCUUAGAGGAGAGAUAUCCAGCUUCAUCCAGCGAAACAAUGAGACAUUCGCAGAGGCUUGGGAGAGGUUCAAAGGCUACACAAGUCAGUGCCCACACCAUGGAUUCAACAAUGAAUCACUACUCUCCACUCUUUAUAGAGGAUGCUUGCCUAGGUAUAGGGAGAUGCUAGACACAGCUAGCAAUGGGAACUUCCUCAACCAGGAUGUAGAUGAUGGCUGGCAACUUGUGGAGAACAUGGCCAUAUCAACAGAAUGCUAUGGAGAGCAGUAUGAAAGUACAGACUGGAGCUCGACCGCGCACUCGAUCGAGCUGGACGCUCAGAUGAGAAAAGACAUGCUUGCACUCAACUCGAAGUUGGACAAACUGAUCCUAGCCCAAUUCCCUGCCAAGCAUGUCAACUAUGUCUCAGAACAAACCUUAGUCAAGGACCAGGAAGGGGAGGAGACAACACAAGAAGUUUGCUACAUUCAAAAUAGACAAGGAAGCUAUAGGAAUCCUCAACAAGGGAGAUACAACAAUUAUCAAGCCCCCUGGCCGCACCAACAACAAAGUGUUCCACAAGGCUUCAACCAAGGACUACUCAUACCCAACCAACUCAAGAUUGGGAUAUGA